AUGGAGAGCCAGGAUUUUUCGCCACCCCACGUGGAUGCAUCUCGGCCGUCCUUGGGCUUCCCUCUUGGCACAGCACUCCUCUUGAUCAUCAUCUUCAGCCUCAGCGGAAUCUUCUCCUGCUGCUACCACUGGGACAAGCUCAGAUCACUCCGCAGAUCUUUCACCCAAGACGCAGACCCCGAGGCCGAUGCUGAGCCACAAUCACCCUCCAAAUCUAAGCCUCCUCACAUGGAUUUAAAGCAGGAGCAGAGGCAGAGCUUGCCUGUGAUAAUGCCUGGGGAUCAAAUUCCAAAGUUCAUGGCAUUGCCAUGCCCCCGAGAGCCUCCAAGAGAAGAGAAGAUUGUUGUGAAGGUGCAAAAGCAGCUAAAGCCACCUCGCUUUCCUGUGCCUUUGUAUUAG